GCUAAAUUAAAAGAAGCACGUAAAAAGGAUAUUCCUGCUCCUUCAAAACGCAAAAACAUAACACCUCCAAAAAAUAAAAAAACAUCAUUUUCAACAAGAAGUUCUAGAACAGUAUUAUCUCCUAGUAAUACAAUUAAUACAACCAACAAUAAUAACUUUCAACAAUCUUUAUCAGAUGAAAAUUCAUCUUCUUCUGAAUCAUCUGAUAAAAGUAGUUUAUCAUUAAUUAAUAAGCAAACCACGUCUACUACUUUACUAAAUAGAGGAUUUCAGUCUGUACCACCUAUGAAAGAAAGUGAUUAUUUAGCUGAUUCUGGUAAGAAAAUAAUUGAAGUUGACAAUAAUAAUGAUAUUCAACAACAUUCAGAUAAAAAUUAA